ACUAAAAAGCAGUGAUGCGCAGGCAGCCUCCAGAUCACUCAGCUGAACAGAAGGGUAUCACCAGCAUGUGAUCAGGCUGCCGAAAGUUAGACGUUUCUGACACAUCCUUCCAAGGCAAUGCAAGCUGAAGCAGAUGCGCGGUUGCUCCUCUAACUGGACCGACUCCACGGGUCUGAUGAACGUGAUGGGGAAGACGGCGGUGAUGAUAAAUCCGCCUGCAUUUUACACCAAAAACCGGCAACUUUCCCUCCUCCUCAUCCGCUUUUCUCACUCUGUGUGUCUUUAAAGCGCAACAGUAUGCAGAUCUCCCCGAGCGAAGACAAGAUCCCAGUCGUGGGGUCAACUUCAAGCCCUCAAGCCAGCAAUGAAGGCCUUUACUUCUGUGAUGGCCGGAGGAAAGUUGACUACGUCCUGGUUUUUCAUCACCGACGGCAUAGCUCCAUCCGAUCUCCUGUCAGCGCCUCCGUUUCACAAGAUGAACUAUCCAUUGUUUCCAAUGGCAACUUUCCUCAGACAACAGGCUCAGAUGUGGAGGCAGGAAGAGGAGGUGGCGUUCUGGGAGGAGAGGCGGCGAGUGUCGGCGAAGUGUUUAUGGAGCUUGGAAGUGGGAAAGGUAUGGAGCCAACUGAGCCGAUGGAGCCAGCUGACCAUGAGAUGCACCUGAUCAGACAAGAGUUUGAGGCCAACCUGCAGGAGGCGGGUCUGGAGAUAGAGAGAGACAAAGAGUUAAAGACCCACGGUCCCAGCUUCACUCGGAUCCAUGCACCUUGGCCUGUACUGUGCAGAGAGGCUGAGUUUCUCAAGAUUAAAGUCCCCACCAAGAAGAGUUAUGAACUCAAAGAAGAAAGCGGUUUCGGGUCCAGCAUGAGUACAGUGUGGAGAAAACUGAACCAGCCCUUCCAGCCCAAAGUACUCCAUCAGGACCAUGGAAGCACCAAAUUCCUGUCACACUGCUUCUCCAGGGACAAGCUUCACCUGUACAACAUCACAUCUAAAGACACUUUCUUUGACAACGCGACAAGGGGCAGAAUAGUGUAUGAGAUCCUGAGACGGACGGUGUGCGUACGAACAUGUCAAACUAUAGGCAUCAGCACACUGAUAGCUAAAGGCGCGUAUGACGCAGCUUUUCCUCUUCACGAUGGUGACUACAAGGUCAUCGGACACCUUGAGGAGCGGAACGACAGACAGAUUCUGCAUGAAGAGUGGGCCAGAUACUCAGCCUUCUACAAGUACCAGCCCAUUGAUCUCGUCAGGAAAUACUUCGGGGAGAAAAUCGGCCUCUACUUUGCGUGGCUUGGCGUCUACACUCAGCUGCUCAUACCAGCCUCUAUAGUGGGCAUCAUUGUGUUUGGCUAUGGGGUGGCAACAGUGGAUACUAACAUACCCAGUCUGGAAAUGUGUGAUGAGCGUCUCAAUUUCACCAUGUGUCCUCUGUGUGAUGGAGCCUGUGACUUCUGGCAUCUCAGCACUGCCUGCAACACUGCCAGAGCUUCACACCUCUUUGAUAACCCGGCCACCGUCUUCUUCGCCAUCUUCAUGUCUCUGUGGGCGGUGCUCUUCUUGGAACACUGGAAGCGUCGACAGAUAAGUCUAAGUUUCAGCUGGGACCUGACGGGCAUCGAGGAGGAUGAGGAACACCCUCGGCCAAGGUACGAGACCAUCCUCCUUCAGAAAAGACAGAGGAAAGAGAAGAAGAAAAAAAAGAAGAAAAAAAAUGAGCCAGGGAAGCAGGAGGAUGGGACAGUGGCAGGGAACAACAGAUGGAGGCAAACAUUACUGUCUACCAUGGCUGCAGGAAUACCGGCUGCCAUAGAAAAGUUGACCUGGAAAGACCGUCUCCCUGGAUACUUCAUCAAUGUUUCCUCUAUCCUUUUUAUGUUUGGGCUGACAUUUUCUGCUGUUUUUGGAGUGAUCAUCUACCGCAUCACGGUGUCAGCCCUUAUGGCGAUGAGCCCUGACCCAGAGACCAAGUCCAAUGUUCGGGUGACAGUGACAGCUACUGCAGUCAUCAUCAACUUAGUGGUUAUCCUGAUUCUUGAUGAAAUCUAUGGCGCUGUGGCACUGUGGCUGACUGAGCUAGAGAUUCCUAAAACAGAAACCAACUUCGAGGAGCGCCUCAUCCUGAAAGCCUUCUUACUGAAGUUUAUGAACGCAUACGCUCCCAUCUUUUAUGUGGCUUUCUUCAAGGGACGGUUUGCAGGUCGACCUGGAAGUUAUGUGUACGUCUUUAAUGAUUAUCGAAUGGAGGAGUGUGCUCCAGGAGGCUGCCUCAUUGAGUUGUGCAUUCAGCUCAGCAUCAUUAUGUUGGGGAAGCAACUGAUCCAAAACAACAUCUUUGAGAUUGGCAUCCCGAAGCUGAAGAAGUUGAUACGUACUUUGAAGGAAAAAGAAUCAACAGUGAAGGAGAAGAAUGAGGAGAGGCCUCCACAGCAGUGGAACCUAGACUAUGCCCUGGCUCCCUUUGAGGGCCUCACACCAGAAUACAUGGAGAUGAUAAUCCAGUUUGGUUUCGUCUCUCUGUUCGUGGCUUCUUUUCCACUGGCCCCUCUUUUUGCCCUCUUGAACAAUAUCAUUGAGAUCAGACUGGAUGCCAAGAAGUUUGUUACAGAGCUGCGAAGGCCCGUCACCAUACGUGCUAAGGACAUCGGUAUAUGGUACAACAUAUUGAGUGGAAUGGGAAAACUGUCAGUCAUUAUAAACGCUUUUGUGAUCGCCUUCACAUCAGACUUCAUUCCUCGGCUUGUCUACCAGUACAUGUACAGCCAGUCGGGCACCAUGAAUGGCUUUAUCGACCACACACUAUCAUACUUUAAUGUGUCCAAUUUGAAGCCUGGCACAGCGCCGCAGAACUCAGAGCAUGGAGACAUCACAGUCUGCCGGUAUAAAGACUACAGGGAACCCCCCUGGUCUCAAGAUGCAUACCAGUUCUCCAAACAGUACUGGUGUGUCUUGGCUGCCAGACUGGGUUUCGUCAUAUUGUUCCAGAACCUGGUGAUGUUCCUCAGCCUCAUGGUUGCCUGGGUGAUCCCAGACGUUCCCAAAUCCAUAGUGGAAAAGCUCAAACGUGAAAAGAAGCUUCUAGUCAAUCUGUUUUUGCAGGAAGAGAAGGAGAAGUUCCAGCUCAUCCAGAGCCUCUUUGUCAAGGAUGCCACUCUCCAUCCUAAAAGCCAAGAACCCUGCCCAGGCCAGGCCUUCCCCAUACUGGGCCGCUACAGUACUCUACCCUCAGGCCCCACAGCCGGAGAAGGAGGCGGAGGCCCGAGGCCGAGGUGUAGGGCAGCCAGCUUCAGCCAGUUCAGGGAGAAGACUUCCUCGCCUCAGAAUACAAACUCAAGACACACAGCAGUGUGACAUGUAAUACAUCCAUAGGUGGUGGUGUUCAGCUGGGCCUCGGGGCUGUAACUCGAGUGACUCCAUCCUUUUGUGUCUUUACCUGUGUCUUUUUUGUCUCGGUGCGUGUGACACAGUAGUGCGGUGAUUAAAUCCCCACAGCUCACCUCUGAACGUUAAAAUUUGUGGUCACAGUGUGGCUGAAUAUGUAUUGUCUGCACGGACAGAAUGAGUGUGUGUGUGUGAGCGUGUGUGCUGUUCCUACUAGCAUGACUGUUCACCUGAUAAAAUGUUGUCAUUUUUACUUUUUGGUAAAAAUUAAUUAUUUAGUGAGGCGCAAAAGCUUCAUAGCGUAGAGAAGCAAUAAUUACCAUAUUAGGCUGAGUAAAUAAAUAUUUAAGGAACCUGGAAAAACCAUGAGCUAACAAACAGGUUCAUUAAUAAGCACUUAACCAUCAUAAACAGACUGAUGGACAUUAUGGCUUACUAGUAGGGCUGUCUGAUCUGUAUUUUCCUGCUUUAUGUGUUUAUUCCCUUUAUGUAUUUUUGUUUACAGAUUUUGUAGCUUUUAAAAAAAAUCCACAUCUUCUUUAUAAUUCAGGAAUCACUUUGAACAAUUUUCAGAACUUUCUACAAUUGUAUCGUGACUGAAGAUACUGCUGCUGGUUUUUGUUUCUCUACACCUUGCCCUUCUUAAUGGAUGGAAAAUGGGCCAAUGUGAAGCACUGUUGUGCCAGGGAUUCUUGUCCACACUGUAGUUUUAGAGUUUGAUUAUCUGUGAACCAAAAAAUGAACGAAAACCUCUCAUUAGCCAUAUGGACUUUUACAGGUGUCAGCUGGCUGCAGAAUGUAAUGGAACAACACUUAAAACUGAUUAAUGCACAGGGAAGGUCUACGACUUAAAGCAAGCUGGAGUAAGUUCGUUGUGUUUAAUGGGAACUGAACAAAAUAAUUCAUCAGUAUUCCUUUUUUUAAAAUAUUGCAACUAUUAAGACCUACUAAGAAUACUUAAGACCUUAAUCUCACAUAAAAUAACUCAAAAGUCUUAAGCUGUUGAAUGACUUAAACUAAUGUUAUUUUGUGCGAUUAUGUAAUUUGUUAAUGAGCCCAGAUCAGUAAUUCCAUCAAGGUUUUAUUUAGAUCCUUUCGGCUUAGUCAGUCAUCAAGACAUCUGGCUUAACUAUAGCAACAUGGCUGUUAAAAAAGUAGUGAGAUACAAAUUAGAUUAGCUUUUAAUUGUUAAAAUCAAACUGAAAUUUGAAUUCUAGUCACAUUUGUGCAAGGAAAUAUACACUGAUAUGCAAUAACAUGACCACUGACAAGUUAUGUGAAAAACAUUAGCUCAUUAUGUUGGUACUUAGCAGCAGGUGGGAUAAAUUAGGCAGCAGGAGAACAUUGUGUCCUUGAAGUCAAUGUGUUUCAAGUAGAAAACAUAGACAAGUGUAAGGAUUUAAGCGACUCUGACAACAGCCAAAUACAGUAUAUUAUAUUUUAUAAAUUUAUUUACACAACAGUCAUAUUUGUUUCUCCAACUGCAGUUCUUGUGGUACCUUCAAAAAGGUACCAAAACAGUGAACUGGUGGUAGAGUUAUGGAUGGUUAAGGCUUAUUAAUAUUCUUAGUGAACAAACAUAAUCAAACACAAUCCAAAAGAAGAGGAACUGGGGCUUAAAUUGCAGAAAAAGUUGAUCUGAGUUUCACAGUGCAGUUUGUUGCUUUUGAGGCUGGGUUGCCACAGACCAGUCCGGGUACCCAUGCUGAUUUAUGUGUACCACUAAACGUGCUUACAAUGGACAGGUGAGCAUCAGACACAUAGCAAUACAAAAAGGUGAACUGGACUAAUGAAUCAUAUUUUCUUCUAUAUUGUGUUAUUGGUUGAGAAGGUAAGCUGGCAGGGCAGUGAGAUGCUUUGGUCAGUCUGCUGCUGGGAAAGUCUGGGUCUAGCCAUUCAUGUGGAUGUUAUUAUACCAGCCACCUAAACAUUGUUGCUCACUUAAAAUACCCUUUAAUGAAAAUGUUUUUGUAUUCCAUAAUGGAGGUGGGCAGAAAACCCGCCUAGAACCUUUUAGGUUUUAAUUUGCCCUCUAGAUUCUUCCGAUCACAGUCCAAAUGAGCAUCUUUAUGAUCUAAACAUGCUUUGAUCCACAGGGGGCUCACUUGGCAACCUAAGGAACACAAAGAAUCUUUUUACUGACUGCUUGGUACCAUAUAGUAUGGCAUACUUUCAGAGGCUUAGCUAAAGCCAGACUUCGGGAAAAAGAGUGACCUACUUCACCCAAUAUUAGACUGGUGGUCAUGAUGUUAUGGCUGAUCAGUGUAAGAUGUAACAAUACUACAGUUAAUGUACAGAACUACAUUAAUUAAGGAAAGCCUCCCAAUGGCCACUUCUGGUGGUAUUAGGAUCAUAUUUUGGGGCAAGUGUUCAUUGCAGCACUAUACUGAUUGAAGUACUUCAUUGCUAUGCAGCUUGCAAAUAAUACUAGAAAAGAUUUGUUCUCUCAACAAACCCACAUGUGAAUAAGUAUUGCAAGUGCUGUAAGAGAUUUGUCUGUUCACUGUUGGAGAGGAUAUAUGGUGCUGUGUAUUUCACUUAAUUGAUGCUAAUAGUGUGUCAUUUAAUAUUGGACUAACUUUACCCUCGUCUGAAUAGCUCUAAAGUUGAUAUUCAGUUUGUAAUUAUGACAAAGAAAGUUUGACUAGUCUAAAUGCUCAUCUUGGAGCAACAAAGUACGGAGAAGCACUCACAUCCCAUGGAUCCAUUUUAGUAGCUACUUAUGCUGUUUGCUGCAGCUGUUGGCUGUUGAAUCAAAGAAAUCCUUGUUGUAAUCACAGAAAUCUCACCCAUCAAGUAAAGGCUGGCAGGUUCAUUUGAAUUAUAUCAGCCGUUAUUCUUUCUCAAGCCUUUAUUAUUAGUAAAAUAUAAAGAACUCGUAUUGCAGAUGCUAGCCCGGCACCGUAAUGCUAGCAUCUGCAACUUGAACAGCCUACAGUGGUGGAAUAUAUUAAAACCCCAAGCAAAUACAUGCUGCUGAUCUACUAGCAGAAACUGACUUAAAGUUUGGUUAAACAAAGAUAAUAGAUGUGAACUUAGUUAAGCUUAAGUCAGAGUGUGUCUUGCUAGCCACCCAUGUCAUUUACAGACUUUUUGAGGGUGAGUAGACUUCACAGAAAUAAAUGGAAGCCAUCUUGAAUCCCCAUGUCUUAUUCUUGUUAACUUGCCGACAUGCUGUAAACCUUCAGUGCUGUUUUUGAUGCCUUGUAACUGCUUUUUAUUUCCAGUUCAGUACUUCGGUUGCUCAGUUAGAACUCAGUCACAGACUGUUAACUUUACAUGUAUUAAAACUGACUUUAGGAAAUUGUGAUAAAGGUAUAUUUGUUAUACAAGCUUCUGUUGUUCAUCUUUACUUUAAGCUGGUGUACAAAUUCCUAAAUACAGAAUUGUUAGAUGGAUGACAGUCUUUGUGUUGUUUACUAUUAUAUUUCCUUUUCUCUAUUUUAAUGAAACAUUUGGUUUUUUGAUGAGGUAUUUGUAAAGAAAACAGAAAAAAGAAAGUAACAGGCUGCAUGAAUUUGACUUGACGAUCACUCUAAAAUCAAGUUGUUUAGAUAAUUCUACAUGUACAGACAUACAGAUAUCUUUUUAAAAUGAUAAUUUUGGCUUUUUUUUCAUCUCCAAAUCAGAGUUAAACCAGAGUUAAAGUUAAACCUGCUGGAGGCUGUUUUGGGCAUAAAAGACUUUUUAUGUUAUGUGGGGAAAUGUUGCUUUAAGAUUCAGGCCAUGUCCACACAAAAACAAGUUUAGAUUUAUCAACUUUAUGAUUUGGAUGUUUGGUCCAUAUGGAACCGGUGAAAACAAAAAUUUUUAAGCUGCUUUUCAAAGUGAAUAAAUCUUAAAAUGCCA